GUCCAACCGAGCUUCUGGUGCCAGACCAUCUCAAGCAUACAAUUAUAGCUUCAUCUCCAGCAACGACUCCAGACCUUCUUUACUCCUGGAGAUCCAAUUGUCUGCCAACGACGCUUCAACUCACACACAACGGACUCUCGUUUGCUCCCUCUUACACCACCGCCGUCGCCUCUACCGUAACAAGACCCUCUUGUUACCUUUUGCGACAACCUCUCCAAGAGACCACAGCAGCACCGCAAACGCUUCUUUACAGCUUCCCAUUGAACAAGCCGCCGCCUCUGCGCUCUCACUCACGACCCAAAAACUCAUACAGAACAACGUCCUCUCGCCGAAAGACCAGCGCAAGAGCCCCAGGCCUUUGCUCCUUUGCGCCGCGAUUCACACUGGUGAACAAGGCUGCGCAAAGCAAUCCGUUCAAAGCGCCUUCCACAACGAACAUACACAGUUCUCACAAUGGCCUCUCUGGCCGAGCAACCCUUCAGCCUGUUCCCCCAGCAGCAGGAUGAGUACACUCACUUCGCCGAGCCGCACCACGUCUCCGUCUACUCCUCCGCGCCCAUGGAUUUGAGUAUCCCGGCCGACGCCUACGGCUCAUACGUGCAGCGCGCGCACAGCCAGGAGCUCUACACCAGCCCCAGCACCGUCGGCUACGAGCCCUCAUUAUACAAUGCCGACGUCGCCUUCAUCAACGGCCCUACCUCCCCCGGAUACGGCGACGACUACCUGCCCUCGUCCAGCCUGUCGACGGCUUCGGCGCAGUCUGCCCCUUCGUCCGCGGUUGGAUCUCCGCUGUCAAACAACGGCCAGAUUGGCAUGACGGACUGCUUCCUGCCGGGUCUCGGUAUCCAGCCGGGCAUUGCCCACCCAGACUUUGUCGACUUCACCUUUGGCGCCCACGGAUUGGAGGAUAUGUCGGCGGCCUUUGAGUUUGCCAACAACCUGGCGCACCCCAAGUCCUUUGUCGAUCCAUCUCUGAUCCAUCCCGAAAUCUCCAGGCCGCCAAUGGCGAUAUCCUCGUAUGAGGCUCACCACUACCAGCCUGCCGCUUCUCAUUAUCCCGCCUCUCCCUCCGCCAUCUCCUCCUCCUCUCCCCAGCCGCACAUGAUCCGCACCAGCAGCUCCUCGCCCUACCUGCAGAACGGUCCCUUCCAGCCAGCCACAACCACCUACUCCAACAGCCCGUAUGCAACCUCGACCGCCAUGGCUCCCGGAGCUGGCGUUGGAGGAGCGCGCCGCCUGAGCAUGGGCAAGGCCAGCGGCGGCAGCUUCAUCUCUCCCGUGUCCGCCGACUACCCCAGCGGCGACGAGAUCAAGGAGAAGCACCUGUGCACGUACCCCGAGUGUGGCAAGACCUUCAAGGACCUCAAGGCGCACAUGCUCACUCACCAGACUGAGCGACCCGAGAAGUGCCCCAUCAUGACGUGCGAAUACCACGUCAAGGGGUUUGCUCGCAAGUAUGACAAGAACCGCCAUACCCUGACGCACUACAAGGGCACCAUGGUUUGCGGCUUCUGCCCCGGCUCUGGCUCCGCGGCUGAGAAGUCGUUCAACCGCGCCGACGUCUUCAAGAGGCACUUGACUGCCGUCCACGGCGUUGAGCAGACUCCUCCCAACAGCCGAAGGCGGGCUUCCGGUGCUGUCGCGCCAAAGACACUCGCCGGCUACGCGCCCGACGCCACCGGCAAGUGCAGCACCUGCUCGCAGACCUUUACCAACGCCCAAGACUUUUACGAGCACUUGGACGACUGUGUGUUGCGCAUUGUUCAGCAGGAGGACCCCGCCGAGGCCAUCAACGCAAAGCGACUGGCCGAGGUUGCUGACGACAAGAACGUUCAGCAGACUCUGGAGAAGAACAACCUCCCCGCCACCACUCAGACCUCUGUGACUGAGGACGAGGACGAGGACGAGGACAUGGUGGACGAGGACGAGACUGAUGAUGUCUCCAAGUUGACCUACUCACCCAUGAAGAAGAAGAACAACAACAACAACAUCAACCGCGUAUCCAAGUCCCGCGGCAUCACUCACUCCCGAGGCGGCGUUCAGCUGUCUGCCAAGUCUCGUGGCCGCAACAAGCGCCGCGACUACCCUUCCUCCUGGGGCUUCAACAAGGGCCAGAUGACAAUGAAGAAGCGUGUCGUUGCUGUCUUUGACGGCCCACGACGCCUUGCCAAGGAUGACAUGAUGCUGUCGACCGACCACGAGGUCCGCAUCAAGCUGUCCGAUGGCAAGUCGUACGUGACGGACCUUGACGUGCAGACCCUGAAGCGUGCCGAGGGCUUCCUCAACGCCUCGGAGGAAGAGAAGGGCACUUGGCUGUCUGACGACCCCACUGAGGAGCAGCUCAAGGAGAUGCAACGGCUGCUGGACACCACCGGUGCUUCUGAGUUGUAAAGAAGCUCGAAUCGAAACUUUUCGAAUAUUACUUGCAUCACAUGUCUUUUCUUGAGCAUGGCAAAGCGGCGCAUAGGAUCUCUACUUGGGGCCUGGGUAUUUGGCUAUUCUUGAAUGGGAAACAUUAUAACUCUGGGAAGAAGCGGGUAAUUUUGGAUUUGAUACCCUGUUUUGAUAUACUACUACAUGUGUUGGGCAAUGAUGGCGCAGAUGGG